AUGAGCCGCCAACGGAAGAUAGUAUGCUUCGGUUCUGCGGGUAAUCAGUUUGGCAACAAUACGAAAUGCCCAGAUUCCGAUUCUUGCUGUCAGACUACUGAGCAAUGCCGACCGGAUCGGUUGUGCUCCUCCAACAACGACCCAGAUACUCUCAUCCGCGCGCCAUGCAGUGUCUACCCUUGGAACGGCAACUGUGCCAAAGUCUGUAUAGAGGAGGAUUCGUCUGGAUUCCUUCCACGAGUCAAUAUAUGUGCAGACGGUAGUUACUGCUGCGUCAAAGAUGCAACCUGCUGCGUCGACAAGCGUGGCUUUUUCCUGAACGACGAUGGAACAAUUAAAUCUCGCGCGAACGAAACCAUGCCCGAGCCAACAAGCUCUAGCACAGAACCAUCAGCCAUCAUCACCACCGCCGUACCUACCGACGGGUCAAUAACCGGCUCAAUAACCACCAGCCCACCGGCGGCGACCUCAUCUGCCGAUAAUCCGCAACCAGCAUCGUCUGGAUUGUCCCAACCAGCCAAAUUUGGUGUAGGAUUCGGCGUUGCGUUCGGAGUAGUCUUCCUCUUUUUGAUUGCAUUUUUUGCCUGGCGCAAGCGACAGCAAAAGAACCGAUUACAAAUGAACCCAGCGGCUUACCCGACCUACGGCCAAACAAGAAAGACGGGUGAUGUACCAGUCGAAUUGCCAGCUCCUAAUAAUCCCCCAUUGCCCGAGCUCGAUGGGUAUUAUUCCCAGGGUUCGAGGAAAUGA